GCGUUCAUUACAUUGGAAGGCCCUGGUUUUUUUGGAUCUUCUAAAGACUUGCAAAGAUAUCGGGAAGACCGGGUCGGGUGUUUGGGCGGCUAACCAAAGUGACAGGUGCCUUUUUAUCUGGAGGAGCAUAGAAACUUAUUUAUUUCCCUCAUUUUCAACGCCCUUCCAUCGAUUCAUUAGUGUUCACGUCAAUAACAAAAUAGUGAUUGUGCAAAUAACGACUCCGGUUCAUAGGAAUGCCUUCGAAAUUACUUCCGUAUUACAGCUAAAAUUACAGAAAACGUCAUUGUUAAAUCUACAUCGAAAUUUUUUAGUGAGUUUAUUAGGAGAAUGGGCAAAAUACUUUCAAAAAUAUUCGGAAACAAGGAAAUGAGAAUACUUAUGCUGGGGCUGGAUGCAGCUGGGAAAACAACUAUAUUGUACAAGCUGAAAUUAGGACAGUCAGUCACAACAAUUCCCACCGUUGGAUUUAAUGUUGAAACUGUAACAUAUAAAAAUGUUAAAUUCAAUGUUUGGGAUGUUGGUGGCCAAGAUAAAAUCCGCCCACUGUGGCGACACUAUUAUACUGGCACCCAAGGUUUGAUAUUCGUUGUAGACUGCGCCGACAGAGAUCGGAUUGACGAAGCUCGGCAAGAACUUCACAGGAUCAUUAAUGAUCGUGAGAUGCGAGAUGCGAUCAUCCUUAUUUUUGCAAACAAACAAGACCUGCAGGAUGCCAUGAAACCCCAUGAAAUUCAAGAGAAAUUGGGUCUUACUCGUAUUCGUGAUCGGAACUGGUACGUCCAGCCAGCAUGUGCCACAACAGGCGACGGCUUGUAUGAAGGACUGACAUGGUUAACGUCCAAUCAUAAGUCGUAAUGGACACCACUGCGUUCAAGUGCUGUGUAUAAGAAAAUUCAACAAGGUCGUGAGGGCGUAGAGGAAAGAUUUAGGAAACAAUAACUGAGACUAUAUGUUUGAAGCUGGCAACCUACUGUAAUAGUGUGGUUGCCAAAAGUGCGCUAUGGCAUCAAAUAAUUAAUACCGUACCGGACGCGAGAGCAAUCUACAAUUACUUCUAAACAAGAAAAAAAUAUUAAAAUAUUGUGGGAUCUGUUCUUACGAAGCCCACAACACGAGCUCUUCCAAAAUUGUUGUGCUGAGAAAAAAAAAAAAAAAAAAAUUGACGACGACGACAAAUCCUCCCUUUUCUAUUUCAAUUUUGGGUUGUACUGCAUAAUUUGCAUUCUUUUGAUUCCCGCGUCCGUUUGUUUUACUCUUUUCAUAAUUCAUUGUUUCUCCCAUCCCCUGUUAUUUGUAAGUUUUGCUCCCAAAUUUUCAACCAUUCCCCUUGAGUUCGGCCUUCAUCUCCUUUUCGGAAUCCUCCCCUCCCCAUUUUAAUCCCAUUUUUUACUCAAUUGCAUUAGAAUGUUGAAUCUAGCCCACAGUGUGUAGAUGUAUGAUGAAUGCGCGGUAAAAAUUUUUGCUUGUACCUAAGUAAAUAUAAUUACAUAAUUUGUUCCAGUU